AUGAGGUUGAACGUUCAGUCGCCUUCCCCACAGGUCCGAGCAACGGACGUCACACCGACUGCACCGUCGGAUGCUUCCAGCAGUCGCUAUCCCGCCCAGGUUACUGCACGCCGUGUAGCUUUCCAGAGCCAUGUACCUUUUGUUCCAGCUCUUGAAUCAUCUGGACCCUCGGCAGGUGGUGGUAUAGAGCGGCCGAUGGUCCCGCAGACCCAACGAUUCGACUCCAUCGCUCCCACUCCUGCCGUUGGGUUCAGGGCUUCUGGCCACUGGCAUCCUUCAACUUCGGACGGCGCUCCCACUACUGGGCAAGCAGACAUUGUCUCACCACGGGUAGAAGCGCCAACGAACAGUUCGACAAUUGGUGGUCCUCCAGUGACUGUCGAAGAUGUGGAUAUGGGAUUGGAUCGCCAGAUGCCCAUAAACCGCGACGUCACGGAAAACGAGAUCAUCCCCGACAUUGCGGAAGACGUCCCAGACGGCCAUGCCGCUGCAUCCACGCAAGACGUUGACGCGACCGAAAAGAACACAAAAGCCACACAAAAACCCAACCGUGAGGUCGAGCAGUGGUAUGCGAGGCCUCUGCGUCUAUGA